CCUUCCUAGCGGAUGGAAUGGGUCAGCGACGUGUCAAAUUAAAGAUUGUGGCAACAUGACGGUGUUGAAAGGUAUAUUGGAAACCCCAGGCGGUACAUUAUUUGGUGAUCUAGGAUUUGUAAGAUGUAAUGAAGGUUAUUCCAAUAGAGGCGAUAAUUUGCUACAAUGUGACAUGAAUGGAAACUGGACAGGCGAGCCAAACUGCACUAUAUUUGAUUGUGGAAAUCCAUCUCCUAUAAAUGGCGCGGUCAAUGUGUCAACGUAUACAUUUGGGACGGUUGCAGAAGUAAAUUGUACCGUAGGGCACACUAUAACUGGCAAUCCUGUUAUUACGUGUGGCAGUAACGGUAUUUGGUCUGACUCACCAAUAUGUGAUCCAGCAGAUUGCGGACACAUGUACGUAUCGCAUGGACUUGCAAACUAUUCAACAACCGUACUGGGUCUGUGGCACAACUGA